CGGUCCUCUCGAUUCUUUGGUAUUGUUCAGGUUUUUGUCCCUUUCCACGAUGCACCUGUCAACUAUAGUUUCUGGAGUUUGAGUUUGGUUUUUUUCUUUUUUUUUGAGUUAUCCUUCAAUUGUUUUUCCUUUGUCGCCUUGGUUUUUCGUGCUCUUGGAAAACGUCUCUGCGCAGUUGGACUUCAACUUAUAUGCUCGGCCCUUUUCAACAUGGAAACGAUCUUGAGAAUGCCUCAAGACCCUGCGACGACGAGGACUGAUAGUGUUGCCACCUUUGUGUCUAGUGACGGAUCUAAUCACUCUCGAAGCACUUAUCGAACCGCUUCCAGCCAUCAACCCGUUUUGAUUACUCUCGAAAAAGCCAACCCGGAACAUGGAGUUGAUGGGAGAGAAUCAACAGAAACAUAUGCGUCCACAAUAUUGUCAGAAGUGGAAGAGGACACAAACAAUCAGCCACCAAUCGAACUUGUAGCGGAUAGAUAUGAGGAUUUCCCAUCAAAUCCUAUCCCCUCCUCUCCACCAACUUUUGGAGAGUUGUUCCCAUCUGCAAGGCGGCUACUUAUAAGGCACGAUGAUACUACGAUCGAUGGAAACAUGAACCUACGUAUCGACACCACUGCGGUGCAGCCAGGAGGGCGUCAAUGUACCAUAAUACUCUUUCAUCUUCGCAUGCACGAUUUGCGAAACAGGAAAUUCUCGCUUCGGCGGUAUUGCAGGGAUUCUGGAAGAGAGGUCUGCCAUUCGGUCAGGAAGUUCCAUUACCCAUCUGCGGAAAUGCUCGGUGCUCUGCAACGACCAUUGACGAGCGCUUUCUCCACUCUACGUUCCAAAUCAGAUUCAACCCACCUCACAACUAACGGGCCGUGGAGGCAGAACUCAGGGUAUAACAAGCAGGGGACGGAGUGUCCUGAGAAUGGCAAUCGCAGGAGAUGUUCCACGGAAUCCCUAUCCCGCUCCAGAGGCCCCGAGCCGACAAAUAUUAUCCAACUCGAAUUCUCCAAUUAUGCACAUGUCGACGUUAAACGAAGAGGCACCACGGGCUCCAAACAUUACGAUUUCGAAUAUUGGAGCACGAGAUAUCAAUGGAAGAAAACCACACGAAAGGACGGAGAUUCUAAGGAAAUCUCGUUUGACCUCUAUCCUGCAGCGAAGUCAAAGCCAGUUGCGCACAUUUUAACAGAGCCUCUGACUCCACUUGAAGCUCUGGAAGAAAGGAGCAAAGGCGGCUGGGUUCCGCCCUGCUCUCUGUGGAUCAGCGACGCUUCCUUAUAUGAAAGUAUGAAAGAUGUUGCUGAUGCCAUCGUUGCCACUGGUCUCAUUGCAUUGGUGGACGACAGCAUCAAGCGCCAUUGGAACAGCAAGACAACCCAUUCCUACAGUCCCAUGACUUCAUCAUUUAUGAGGAGUGUGGACUCCGUGGCAUCUAACAAAAUUAUUGAGAAGGUUUUCCACCGUCGUGGCUCGACUGGAUCUCGACACAACUCAUUCCGCCAGAUGUUUGCUCAUGCUUAAGGGGAAAAAAUCUCUCUUCGAGCUAUAUGAAGAUUUUUAUUGAUACCACCAUUGUAUUCAUUGCUGUAUUAUCUUUUCUCAUGUAUUUGUUAUGAGUCGAUUUUUUUUUUCUUUUUAUAUGAUUAUUGACGUGGAGCUCUUAGCUUGGUGCCAGCCCAUCAUGAAGUUCCCUAUUUACACCCAGAAGUGAGAUUUUUGGCCAUGAUGGAGUCGAGCAAAUCAAGGCCGGUUUGUUCCCCGUUGUCUGGUUAGGAAAGGCUCCCUGUGGUAUAUUGAUGAGGCUAGGUUCAUGUACGUGGAAUGGCGCAUUUCCUGCAAACCAUCACUUUUCUUUUUCUUUUUCUUUUUUCCCUUGCAAAUCCAUUUAGUGUGCAGGCUACGAUCAUUGUCCAGCGCAGACAGACGGCGUUAACAAGGGGCCAAGGACACUGUACGGCGCAUAUCCAAGCCCAUGUGCUGGACCAAAGGCGCCAGGAGCUGCCGGGAUCGCUGGAAUGGGCAGCAUUUGAAGAUGAACAGGCCCCUUUUAUGAUGAAACAUGGCUGGAAUUCUAUGUUUUCUUUUUACGAAGUUCAUGCGGAUUGUUUGUCCUAUUUAUGGAGGUAGCUUGAGCUGUGUCUAUAUACUUGCAUAUUGCAACGAAUUUUGUAAUUAUUCGCUC